AUGCUUCUCUUCUCCGUUGCGCAAAUAGGUUAUGACCAAGAGACUAUAGAGGGUAUGUUCCCUACGCCGCCGGAAUGGUCGUGGAAGAGCAGAUGGUGUUUGCGGACUGCAUUGGCCCUGCAAGCUCCAGAGAAAUUUAAUCGAAUAACUACCGACUGGGCAGCCGUGGGCAGCUACUACAAUGAGCUAUUACGGCGACUGGAAAAUCCUGAACUUGACGGCAAGGGAUUGAGAGAGCAGAUUGUCAAUGAAGGAGAGGGAGAAGCCAUCUUAAUUGAUGGCAUGGGCAGAGGAGGAUUUGAUAUUGAAGGAAUGAGCGAGCCUUGGAAGAAAGGCUACUUUCAAACGUUGAUGGGUGCCGGCGAGACGGCUGAGAAACUUGAUGGAUGGCUAGAGGACUCUGUGACGCAUAGAGCCUCUCCUCCAGAAUACGUUAUUGGCCCGUCGAAUCCGAGACCGAAGCAAGCGCCCAAGGGUUCAGUUGUUCCGCUCGAGGAGAAUUGUGUGCCUGCAUACCGGAGCCCAGCCGUCUUUUAUAUGAAAAUAUUAACAACCAAGGGGUUCCAAACCAAUCAAAAGCUUGAUGCUGCUCUGGCAUAUGCCGACUGGCUUGAUUACAAAGGCCUGAAAGAAACGGCUGGAGAAGUUUACCGUUGGGCUAUGGAUAUCGCAGCCGAAGGUCUGGAUGUCGACCCUAAGAAGGUUGUUGAUCUAAAGACUGGCGUGGUAAAGAAUGGUGGAAAUAAACACAUUACAGAAAAUUUGCUUCGAACAUCCAAGGCAAUGGGCGUUCAUCACGUACGCACUGGUGAUUUAUCAAUGGCUCUGGCAGUUUUCCUCUCUGUGCUAAAAUCUCGACGGAGCGCUCCUGAAUCGGAUGACUCUCUUCAAAUUAAUGGUAGCCCCAGCGGGAAGAGCCGCUCAAAUACCCCAGACCCGAAAGCCAAUGACACUAUGUCCACAAUCUCAUCAAUCUUCUCACCACCCCCAUAUCCAGUUCCAGUCCGUACAGGGAACGAGCCCAUCACCCGUUCCCAAUCUACCGCCUGUGAAGAGGCAGGUUUAAUGGUAUACAUCGGCGAGAUUAUUUUCUCCUCGUCUUCUCAGGAAACUGGCCUAUCAUGGACCCGUGACGCCGUUGACCACGCUGAAAUAUCUCUUCUUCAACUUGAUGGAUCGCAGGAACAAAAGCGCCUUUCGGCUUCUCCAAGCUACGGAGUGGAAUAUCAAUCUACCGAGGAACAAUGCCAACACUGCCUUAGAUCGGGCCUGAAGAACUGGCAGCAGAUGAUUCGUACACUAGUUGUUAAGGCUGAGAACGAGGAGCUAGAUACUAUGGACCAUGUUGCUGAUUACUGGUUUGGUCGCGGGCCUAGGAAAGUGGCAGAGAAACAAACCCUGCGCCGUCGAUGGGAGGCAGAGGAGAUGAUUUUGAGCGAUCGUGCGAAGCGGAUUCAGAACCUCUUAGGAGAUGAUGAGAUUUCUUCUCUAACCUCGGGGGGUUCCUUGUUAUUUGGCUGA